AUGACAUCACUACCAACAACAGCACCAACGACAAAUACACCAGCAUCAACAACAACAACACCUCCUCCUCCUCCUUCUGCCGCUGCCACGGUGAAUUUAGUCACUUAUUUUGGAAGAGUUUACACUUUAUACGACGCCCUUUUACUUCUAGAAGCGUGUCGACUCAAUAUACUCCCAACGAUAGAUCGUCGAUUAACUUCAUUUGAACGACUGAAGUUUAUCAAACCAAAUUGCAUAUUUAUUUGGAAUGAAACUAAAAGUGGCAUGAAACGAUGGACUGAUGGGAAAUUAUGGUCAGCAUCAAAAGUCAUUUUUGGAAACUUUUUACAAUAUCGAGAAAUUAAUAAAUUGACUAAAAAACCACAACCAAAUGGAUUAAUUAAACAGUCUUUUAGUUUGGCUACUAAAGAUGGACAACGAUAUCAUUUAAUUUCGUAUUAUCAAUUGAACAAUCCCAACUAUCAAAAACUAAAUGGCACCGGAGAAGCUAUGACUAAAGAUUAUGCUGAUGGUGACAAAGUGUUGAAGAAACGUAAAUUACAACUACUGCAACAGCAGCAGCAGCAGCAACAGCAACAACCACAGUCAGCAGCAUCAUUGGAAUCUCCAGUAUCAUGCACAGGAGAAGAGGGAGAAGAAGAUUAUGAAGAUGGCUAUAUUGUAUGUAUACCUUCACAUGACCCCAAAUUGAAAAAAUUAUCCCUUUCAAAUGAGAUUUAUCCUUCUCAUACUUUACAUGCCAUUCCUAAAAGUUUACGAUCUGGUACUACGACCAUUUCUAGUAGCAGUACUACGCCAUUGUCAACAACAAAUCAGGAUUUUAAAGAUGAGUUGACUACAAAAGAAGGAGAAGACGAUGGAGAAGAUUCAGAUACAGCAGCAUCAACACCUAAUUCCACCGUUGUCGCAACAACAACAGCAGCAAAUAAUUUAAUUGCAAGUACUAAUCAGCAGACAUCUACAAUUGACUCAUCCAUACAACCUCAACCCCACCACUUGCAUCAACAACUGCAGCUACCACCAUCACAGGUACAACCACUUGUACAACAAGUUCCCACUUAUACCCAUCUUCAAGGCUCCUUAAACAACUAUAGUCAUCAACCACCAGUGGCACCUACUGGAGAAUCGACGGGUCCACCACCGAUAGGUUCAACAUCUUAUCCAGUUUCUUCUUCUACCAUGGGACUUCCAUCAAAGGCUCAAUACCCAUCAAUAACCAACACGCCACCACAACAAUCACAGCAACCACAACAAUCACAGCAACCACAACAGCAAUUACAACAACCUCAACAACCUUCAAAAACUUCAACAACCACAACAGCAACAACCUACCCUGCCAACUAUGCAACACCUCCAAAUACCACCACUAAUGCCACUCCGUUAUUCCAAUUUGCUCAAGUUGCUAAUUUACCCAUGCCACCUUUAUCAUCAUCAACAAACUUGCAUUCGAAAUUGAAUAAUUCUGAAUACAUCAAAAGUUGCGAUUUACAAAUUGUGGAUAUUCUAAAUAAAGGAUUUUUGAAAUAG